AUGCCAGUAGAUAGCCGGAGCUCCCUCCCCUCCCUCCUAAUCGCUCUCCUCUGUAUGAUACUUGCAGCCACGCUACUUACAAUCUAUCACUGGGUUGCUGUCAACUGGGGCUUCUACAGGCGUCGGAACACCUCUAGCGGCCGGCAGCCGGAAGACAUCGUCGACAACGUGGUCGAGAUCUCAGUGGCGCAGCCGAUUUCUCCGACGUUAAUCUAUGGGAAGGAAGAGAGAGCGGCCGCCGGAUGUGCUGACGCCGGCGAGGAGAAAACAUGCCCGGUGUGUUUGGUGGAGUUCAACGACGGUGAUGGGGUUCGCAAGCUGCCGGAAUGCAUGCAUUGCUUUCACGUGCAAUGUAUUGACAAGUGGCUUCCACUGCAUUCUACUUGUCCGGUUUGUCGAGCUGAGGUGGGGAGGUGA